GAGCCCGUUUCUGCAGAGACUAGCAGGAACCUCUUCCUGCCCCAUUUUGGGAAAGCCUGGAGACCACACUGGCAGCUGUAGGAACUGGAAGGCCGGGAGAGCAGAGGGGAAGGGGGCGGAGAGAUGGAGGGGGCUCUGGGAAGGGGCUGCAACAGGAGGGGAAAGGGAACAAUGGGUCUGCAACUGCCUGGAAGAUGAAUGGAAAAGAUUUCCCCCGUCACUGGGUGUGGGGGUCCCCCCGCCCCUCACCCAGAGGGAUGGUAGAAGCAGAGCGCCAGCACUUUGCACCGGGGAUCUGACCGCGGAGUGCACCGGGACCGGGGGGAACAUGCACCCGGGGGCCUGACUGCACUGCAAAGUGGGGGCGUGCAACCGGGCAUCUGACUGCACCGUGAACCGGAUAGCGGGGCAAGCAACCGGGCACCUGACUGCACAGGUCAGCGGGGCGUGCACCGGGCACCUGACUGCACCGUGCACCGGACAGCGGGUCGCGCAACCGGGGGCCGGUCUGCGCCAGCCCAACUUGUGACUGGGAUCCGACGGCCACUUGCCCUAGGCCGGGGGAGCCCGCCACCGGAACCAGCACUGGGCCCUUCGAGUCACCUGGGGACGGCCCGCUCGGACUGCAGUCGAGCGGUGCCUGGCGGAGCAGGCGGCAGCUGUUGCCUGGCCCCGGGGUAGGAGCGCAGGCUGGAGGCGGAGCCGGGCGCUGGAGCGCAUGGAGCCUGGGGCGCCGCUCGCUCCAUGUGGCUGUUCCUGCCGCUGCUGCUGUGUUGGGGCCGCGCUGGCGGCGGCGCCCCGGGGGAGCCCUGCUGGGAAGCGCUGCUCCGCUGCCAGGACGAGCCGGACUGCGGCUCCGCCUAUAGCCAGUCGCAGGCGGCCUGCGAGCCGGUGCUGGCCGGAGCCGGAGCCGGAGGAGGGGAGCCCCCCGGCGGCUGCCCCAGCCACUGCAUCGGGGCGCUGGUGCGGCUGAACCGCAGCCGGAGCGGCCCGGCCCUGGAGCGCUGCGAGUGCGGGCAGGACGCGCGCUGCCGCCGGCUGAAGGCGGCCAUCGAGCCCUGCCUGCCCCGGCCCUCCCGCAGCGGCCUGGGCUGCACGGCCGCCCGCUUCCGCUGUCAGCAGGAGCCCGCCUGCCGGGAGCCGCUGGACGCCUACUUGGCCCGCUGCGGGCAGCUCUUCAACGGGCGGCGCUGCACGGCCGCCUGCCGGGCCGCCAUGGGGCAGCUGCUGGCCGCGCCGGGGGGCCCCGCGCUGGAGCGCUGCGUUUGCGACGGGCCCGAGCGCCCCUUCUGCCAGGUGCUCAAGGCCAACAUGGGCCGCCUGUGCUCCGGGCCGCCCGCCGAGCCGGGCCCGGACGAGGACUACCGGGACGAGGAGCGGCUCCUGCGGGAAGAGGACGAGGGGCCGGGCGCGGGCGGCGCCUGGGUGCGCUCCGGGGGCCGCUCUCGGGACGCGCCGGCCUGGCGCGCCCUGGCACUGGGGGCCCUGCCGCUGGGGCUCCGGCUCCUCUCCUGGCCCUAGGCCGGGCUGCUCGGAGCCUGGCCCGGGGCUGACUCAGGGUGGUCGGAGCGAGCUGGUGUGCAGCACCACGCGGAGGGGCCCCCUAGCGUUGGAGGUGGCUGCCAUGAGCUGGAGCAGGGGUCCCGGCUGACACUCAGGGUCGCUAGCCACCCGGAGGGCCCCGUUUAGAGGCGCCUUUCCCGGCACUGGGACUCUGGGUGCUUGUCCAGCAUUUCUCCACGGGCUGAGGUUUCCGUAGAGGUAGAGGUGGCUGGAGGGGCCGAGAUGCCUUUCCCUUGGACCCCGGAAACAUCAUUUUCUCUUUCACCGGAGGAGAGAUGCGGCAGGUGACUAGAGCCUACCAGGGGAGCCCAGCCAGGGACUGAGUCUGUACUCUAUAUACUGCUCACCCUAAAUUCUCAGUUCCAGGGGAAGAGCUAGUUUGAGGGACACUAGAGGGAUCAGAAAAUGCUGUAAUCCCCAUUCUUGCUCUUGUGUGUGGUUCAUACCUGUGGACAUAGGUAUUCACCCAGAGGGGAGCUCUCCAUUCCAAACACUAGGGCUAACAGAAGCCAGGAAAUCUUCAAACAUCUGGUUACAAAGCAUUGAAUUGAGGAUGGCCCCACACUGUCCCAGCUGUUCAGGGCUCAUGAGUCAGGCUCCAAGAAAUUGAGACUGGCUAGAAAAAAUUGUGAGAUUUAAAAAAUAAAAGUACUCCUGUUCUUCUUUUUGCGGAUACAGACUAACACGGCUGUUACUCUGAAAAAAAUUAGGAGUUAUUUUUCUUUGCCUUUGGGUUUUGAGCCUUUUGAGGGUCGUGUUUUUACACCCAGCCACAAGGGCAAGACAUUUCCUUCAUUAAAGAAAUGAAAGUUUGGAGUCUUAUGUGAUGACAGAUUUAAGUACAGCGCAAGACUUGCAAUAGUUUUGCAAUGAGUUGGCAAUACUGUGUUGGGAAGAGAGGGUCUUGUCUAAUGCUUAGAGCAGAAGAUGAUGAAUCUGGAUGCUUGGAUUCUAUUUCUAGCAUUUCACUGGGUGAACUUAAGCAAAAUUACAUAAAUUGCACACCAAGAUUGAGAGUGGCUUUCAAAGCACAUGGCAGCAAAACAGAGUUAGCAGAGGCACAUUUUCCAGACACAGGUUUGCAGUGUCCGUAAGGCCUGGCCCUCUCUCUCUGCCUUAGUUUACCCCAUCUGUGAAAUGGGUUUAAUAAUAAUAAUUCCUAUCUCACAGAAGUAUUGGCAGAAUGAACCAAAAUAAUUGACAAAGCCCUGGCUGAGAUGAUUUAGUUGAGAUUGGUCCUGCUUUGAGCAGGAGGUUGGACUAGAUGACCUCCUGAGGUCCCUUCCAACCCUAAUCUUCUAUGAUUCUAAUUACCUGGUUGAUCCCCACUAGCAGCCUAUGGCAAAUAUGCUCUCGCAACCUCCUAGUUGCUGGGACCUACAAGGCAUGGCAUGAAGGGAGCUGAAAGCCCAUCAGUGGUGAGCAGCCCCUGACCCCUGACCCCUGACCGGCCAUCACAGACCUAGGGAAAUAGGGGAAAGAGGAAUCCAAUAGCCCAGGGUGAAUGUGAGCGCCCUUUUGCCAUCCAAGCUGAGCACUUCACUUCUUAUUCCCUCCUGCUUCCCAUAGUCCAUAGCCAGGAAACUUAUCAGUAUAAAUUAAUUUUAGCAGAAUUUUUAUAACCCUGACAAUAACUACAGUGAUCAUGCCAAGGCCUGCAGGUCUAUGUAGUAAACCUAGUCUCUGGUACCGUACACCCCCGUGUAAGCCCACUGGGAUUGCUUUCUCUCUGUAGCAUGCUUCUUCCUUGUAGGCCUGAGCUUUCCAAUGACUUCAGAUUGGACCCUGGGUGUACAAGUGAUACUCUCCUGUGGCUCACAUCCUGAUGUGCCAGAACAGGGACAUCCAGACAUGCGGACCACUCCCCCAAAUAUGCUGGGAAGUCUUAGGGUUACACCUAACAUCUGUAUAAGCUCACAAUUUGUUUUAACUAAAAACCAAAUGCACUGAGUCUCAGAGCCUAGGUCAGUUGACUGAGGUUCGCAGGGCUCGGCUGUGGGGCUCAAAAUAGCAGUGUAGACCUUUGGGCUCGGGGUGGAGCCCAUGCUCUGAGACCUACCUGCGCUCACAGGCUCUUAGAGCCCAAAUGUCUACACUGCAAUCUUCAGCCCACAGACCAAGCCCUGGGAGCCCAAGUCAGCUGACCCAGGCCAGGCCCAGCCAUCUGGUGGGGCUUUUAGUGCAGUGUAGACGUAUCCAUAGACUCUAGAGCAUGCCAUAGGGUUGAGCUGGUCCAAGGGUCACCCUCUGGUUACUCAUGUUUUGGAGCUACUUAAAAAAACAUUUGCCCUCUCUUCUAGGUGCUCCAUUGCUUUUAAUGCAUGCAAAGCCGCAGAUCCUCAACUGCAACCAGACUUUGGCUAACCAUUGUGAAUAUGUAUAUUGCUUGGAACUUCUUUUCCUGCACACAUAUUUUGUACAGAAAGUAGGGGGCUAACCUGAGGUUAUUUAAAUUGUAAAAUAAGCAUAACCCUGUCACUGUAAACUCUUUACUUUUUUCUAAUUCAUCAUUAGAACAUGUAUUUUUGGUACAAUUUCGAUAAAAGUUUUUGACAAAGUUACAA